AUGGCCUCCUUUCAAGAUUUGCCGCACGAGAUAGUCCAGCUUAUCGGCAGCUACCUAUCACCGGCCAGUCUGCACAACUUCUCCCUGGUCAACAGCCUCUGCUGCGCUGUCUCUGACCAAGGCAUCUUCCAGCACAUCCAUCUCGUUCUCUCAAAGAGGAAGAAACUGGUCGAAGAGCUGCACCGAUGGGACCAGAUUCUACACCAAAGCCCAAGGCGAGCAAGCAGACACGUCCGUCGUCUCACUAUCAGCUGUACCUGCUACCCCCGUGGCUGGACAGAUUUUGAAUCAUGGGCUGAGACUAAGUACUGGUCCUGCGGGUUCUUCUGCGACUGUGUCCCCGAUAAUGGCGUCCUACACGACUUUUUCUACUAUCCUACUGGCUCGACUGCGCUUACUGCCGCUAGACUUGACCAGGCGGGCCAGGCAGAGCUCGAAGACGAAGAUGAAAGAUGGCGUUGGCAGGAGAAAUGGAACUGGAGUCCUCUGACUGAGUUUAUCGCUCGGCUUCCGGCCCUACAUGAGCUGGUGUACUUUAGGCGGAAUGUGCCUCCGCCCGGUUUACUGGAUGUUCUGGACGACAGACAUCCGCUAUGCCGUUUACAUAUUCUGUUUCCUCCCCUUGAAGUGCUGCCAGGCAAUAGAGGGCGGAUAAAUAGAUACCAUCGUCAACUGUUCACUUCGCCUAACCUACACCAUGUAGCGGUGGAUGUAUCCGAGACAUCCCACGAGGUCCAUGCAGCGCCGGAUAUUCCACCCAGAAGUCUAUACUGGCUAGGUAUCUCGGACAAUAACGUGACAGCGACUUGCUUCGAGGCCCUGGCUAGAUACAUACUUUUCUCCAGCUUGCGUUGUCUGGUGCUCACGGGUGACAUUCGGGAAGAUGGGAUAGCAUGGCUGGUGUCGAAGGCGGGCAUAUUCACUUCCCUUGAGGCCCUUACCUGCGACCUGACUGCCCGCGAUGAUGACAGGUACUCCUUCGAGGUCCGGCAACGCAGGGAUCAAGCUGGCGUUGCGGUUCUAGCAGCCUUUCGUCCCCUCAAGCGGUUGAUGCUAAAUGACUUGUACGGUAGAGCGGUGUAUGAUGCUGCCCUACGGUACCACGGUCCAACAUUGCAACAACUCUUCUUGCACUCUGCACAUGACAAAAUCUUGCUCCAUGCGUCUGUCAAGAUGAUUGACAAUAUUCGUCUUACUUGUCCCAAUCUACGAAAACUACGUCUAUCCAUCCGCCGCUCCCAGGGUGAUCGCCAUGAAGUCGAGCAUUACCGGGCUCUGGCCAAAAUACCCAAGCUGGAACUGCUACACCUCUACCUUGAUCCCAUAAACUAUUCAAGGGACCCAGACUCCCCGGAGACAUAUGAUUUGACCCGGGCUCCCGUUGUGGACGACGCAUAUAUUCGUCAAAGUUUGGUAAAUUACGCUGUUGACGCUUCUCUGGCCGCCAGCAUAUUCAGGAUCAUAGCCAAAAAUCCUUUUACUGGUGGGUAUUCGGCAUUCAAAGACAUCACGGUCUAUGUACGCACUGGCAGAGCACGGGAAAUUAGUUCGGGGAACCCGGCUUACGCAUCUUACUUCUCUUUUCUCCACUAUUUAACACACAAGUCAUGGAAGUGUACUCGCGGUGAGGCCUCUGAUGAGGUGGUUGUUAAAGAGAUCGACGUUGUAUAUCUUCCUAGGAUGAGGAGAUUGAGGGCAUUGGUGGGGAUCCUGCAGGGUUAUUCAGGAGUAUUUGGCCGGAAAGACGAGGGAGAAAUUGCUUGGAGGAUUGGUACAGUCUGCCAUUGGAUGUAG